UUUCUUUGAUCCCAAGAAAAGAUCAGAGCUCAUUAUCGGAGAAAGCACCCUAUAUAUUGUUGUGUGAGCACUCACACUCCCUUCACAAUUGACAGCAAGAAUUGGAAGAUGGAGCAGCAGAAAUGGGAAGCCAAGGUUUCAGCAAGGCUACAAAAGGCCACCGCCGAUGAGAUUUGGCCACUCUUCCAAGACUUCUUCGGCCUGGGAAAAUGGUUCCCUGGCCUCUCCACUUGCCAUGGGAUUCACGGCAACAACGCCCAACUUGGCUGCAUCCGCUACUGCGCCGGAUUCUCCCUUUCCGGCAAGACUGACUGCGCCGGCGAAGAGAAUCCCGCCCCGGCGGCGAGGACAAAUUGGAGCAAGGAAAGGUUGAUAGCCAUGGAUCCAGCUGCCAGGACUUUGAGCUACGAGAUGUUGGAUGGCAGCUUAGGAUUCAAGAACUAUGUUUCGACGGUCAAGAUCGUUCCCGGCGGUGAUGAAGGCUGCGAGAUUGAGUGGGGGUUUACUGUUGAUCCGGUGGAGGGUUGGAGAUUGGAGGAUCUGGUGAAGAUUUAUGAUCUUGGGCUGCAGAGCAUGGCUAAGAAGAUGGAGGACUUCAUAGCAAUUUCUUAGAAUAUUAUUCUACUUUCUAAAGUUUUCAUAUUGUUAGACAAAUAAUAAUCUGGUAAUUUGAUAUUAAAUAGUAUUUUACGGACUAAAUAUUAGAAAUAUUGUUGUGCUAUAGUGAGAUAAAUAUUAUUAUAAUUACUUUUAAGUUCUUUAUGA